UUUAGUCUAUACCCGCACGAACAAUAAUCUGACAUAACAGCGAUGCACUCUCUAGCGGAUCAGAUGUGUUCCAGCCGGACCGAGGAUGUGAUGGGGAUUUUCGGUCUCCACCUAGUUUGAUUUACUAUGAGGGAAAGUGGACCUACAUGUGCAGAUCCGUUGAAAUAGGGGAGCGCACCACAAAAUGAAGACACCGAUGCGUCAUGGCGUGGCAGUGUUUCUCGUGGUUACCAUGUGUACCAGCUUGCUGCUCGUGUAUAACACUAGCUACAACAACACGUCCAGGGAUCAAAAUGAAGUCGAUCGCCGGCAGAACGAACUACCCCCCAAAACCCAAAACGUUAAGGCACAAACCCCCCAGAUAUCGGCCUUACAGGGAUACAGCAGCAUCAUUGAUCACAAGCCUCUUAAAAUGCACUGCAACAGCUGCGCGCUGGUCACCAGCUCGGGCCACCUGACGGGCGGCGGGCGCGGGGACGAGAUCGACCGGACGGAGUGCGUCAUCCGCAUGAACGACGCCCCGACCAGGGGCUUCCGGCGGGACGUGGGGCAGAGGACCAGCCUGCGGGUGGUGGCCCACUCCAGCAUGCAGCGGGUGCUGCGGAGCCGGCAGGAGCUGCUCAACGUCAGCCAGGACACCGUCUUCAUCUUCUGGGGGCCCAGCAACUACAUGCGGCGCGACGGCAAGGGCCUGGUCUACAACAACCUGCGGCUGAUGAACCAGGUGCUGCCCCGGCUCCGGGUCUACAUCAUCUCCCGGCAGAAGAUGCUGCAGUUCGACGAGCUCUUCAAGAGGGAGACCGGCAAGGACAGGAAGAUUUCCAACUCCUGGCUGAGCACAGGCUGGUUCACCAUGUCCAUCGCACUAGAACUGUGCGAUAGGAUCAACGUCUACGGCAUGGUUCCUCCAGAAUUCUGCAGGGAGCCGGCCCAUAUCUCGGUCCCCUACCAUUACUACGAGCCCUCGGGGCCAGACGAGUGCACCAUGUACAUCUCGCAUGAGCGCGGUCGCCGCGGCAGCCACCACCGCUUCAUCACCGAGAAGCGCGUCUUCGCCAACUGGGCCCGGACAUUCAACAUCCACUUCUACCAGCCCGACUGGAGCCCCAAAGAGAUUCCCGCCAACAGGACGGUGACCCCGGUCCCGUCAGGCUCCACCGUGGCCGGGCACACGUGACUCGCUGGACUGCUGCUGUACACAUUUAGCCGCUGACAGUCAGACUGCAUGGGCAGGACCAACCCUGACUAGCCUGUGCCAUAUAAUGAUGUUUUUAGGACAGUCCUCACCCCCUCUGAAUGCCCUCCACCCC